GAGUGCGAUUUGUCCGGGGGGUCAGAUUUAGGUACAACCAUAGAGGGUAUAACACCGGAAAAGGCAACUCUGUAUUACAAGCAUCCAGAUUCUUAUGAGCUCGACAUCAAAGUUAUGGAGAACACAAAUUCGAAUUCUUCUUCAAAAGCAACAACGACCUCAAACUCAUGGAUCUCAUCUCCUUUCAUUAACCUCGUAGUUCUUGGCAUAAUUGGUGUCUCUGCCGCAAUCACCUUUCAGAUGUUUAAGCAACAACAUCAUCAAAAUGAUGUUUCAGUUCAUGAUUUGGAUGAUACAGUUCAUUAUCCCGGCGAACCACUCCGGAUUCUUUUGGUUGGAAAAACAGGGGUAGGAAAAAGUGCAACAGGCAACACCAUCCUGGGACAAAAGCUUUUUAAAUCAGCGUUAUCAUCCUCCUCUGUGACUGCACAAUGUGAAAAAUUUCAUGCAACUAUAAAUGGCAGAAAAGUAUCUGUCAUUGAUUCUCCCGGUCUGUUUGACACCAGCCUAACUAAAGAUGAAGUGGUCAACAGAAUUAAACUCUGUAUUCCACUCUCUGCUCCUGGUCCACAUGUCUUCUUAGUUGUGAUUCAGCUGGGCAGAUUCACUGAUGAAGAGGCAGAAGCUGUUAGACUCAUACAAGCAAUUUUUGGUGAGGAAUCCUCCACAUACACCAUGGCACUGUUCACUCAUGGAGAUCGACUGGAGGACAAGAACAUUCACACUUUUGUGCGGGACAGCCCAAAACUGCUCAGUUUCAUCAAAACUUGCAGUGGACGAUACCACACGUUCAACAAUAAAGAACAAAAUCCUGAACAGGUCAUUCAGUUGCUCGACCAGAUUGAUAAAAUGGUCACUGGAAAUGGUGGGCAACAUUACACCAAUAAAGCAUCUGAUGGCUUGAAUGCAAGAGUCAGUGUCAAAUGA